CUUGGCCUCUCCUGGACUCCCUUUGGACUUGGGACCUAGGCACGUGCCCACCAUGCCUGUGGUUGGUGUUCUCCUCUGGGCCACCCUGCUGACUCUGGGCUGGCGGGCCACCCACGCCAAGGACUACCUCUUUGCCACUCCGAGAGUGCAGCUUUCCUUCAAAGAGCUGAAGGCCACGGGCACAGCACACUUCUUCAACUUCCUGCUCAACUCCAGUGACUACCGUAUCCUGCUCAAGGACGAGGACCACGACCGCAUGUACGUGGGCAGCAAGGAUUACGUCCUCUCGCUGGACCUGCACGACAUCAACCGCGAGCCCCUCAUCAUCCAUUGGCCUGCUUCCCAGCAGAGGAUUGAGGAGUGCAUCCUGUCGGGCAAGAACAGCAAUGGGGAGUGUGGCAACUUCAUCCGCCUGAUCCAGCCCUGGAACCGAACCCACCUCUACGUAUGUGGCACUGGCGCCUACAAUCCCAUCUGUGCCUUUGUCAACCGUGGGCGCAAAGCACAGGGAUUUCCGCCGAGCCAGCCCGUCCAGCCGGGAGGCCGGGAAAGCAGAUCAGCCGACGGCCCCCUCAGCCCGAGACCAGCGGAAAGCAAGGAUUACAUCUUCUACCUGGAGCCAGACAAGCUGGAGUCAGGCAAGGGAAAAUGCUCCUAUGACCCCAAAGUAGACACCGUCUCUGCAUUAAUAAAUGAAGAGCUCUAUGCCGGUGUCUAUAUCGACUUCAUGGGCACUGAUGCAGCCAUCUUCCGCACCAUGGGCAAGCAGACGGCCAUGAGGACGGACCAGUACAAUUCACGCUGGCUAAAUGACCCAGCGUUCGUCCAUGCCCAGCUCAUCCCCGACAGUGGCGAGAGGAAUGAUGACAAACUCUACUUUUUCUUCCGGGAAAAAUCGGCUGAUGCCCUGCAGAGUCCAGGUGUCUACUCCCGCAUCGGGCGCAUUUGCCUGAAUGAUGAUGGGGGCCACUGCUGCCUGGUGAACAAGUGGAGCACAUUUCUGAAGGCCCGACUUGUCUGCUCUGUGCCGGGACCUGAUGGGAUUGAAACACACUUUGAUGAGCUCCAGGACGUCUUCAUCCAGCAGACACAGGAUACCAAGAAUCCCGUCAUCUACGCUGUGUUCUCUGCUUCAGGAUCCGUGUUCAAAGGCUCCGCUGUGUGUGUCUACUCCAUGGCCGACAUCCGCAUGGUGUUCAAUGGGCCCUUUGCACACAAGGAGGGCCCCAACUACCAGUGGAUGCCCUACACAGGCAAAAUGCCCUAUCCCCGGCCAGGCACCUGCCCCGGGGGGACCUUUACACCAUCCAUGAAGUCAACCAAGGAUUAUCCUGAUGAGGUGAUUAACUUCAUGCGUGCGCAUCCGCUGAUGUACCACGCCGUGUACCCAACCCACCGCCAACCACUGGUUGUGCGCAGCAACGUCAACUAUCGCUUCACCACCAUCGCCGUUGACCAGGUGGAUGCGGCAGAUGGGCGCUAUGAGGUGCUUUUCCUGGGCACAGAUCGAGGCACUGUGCAGAAGGUCAUAGUGCUGCCCCGGGAUGACAUGGAGACUGAGGAGUUGAUGCUGGAGGAGAUCGAGGUGUUCAAGGUACCGGCACCCAUCAAGACGAUGACCAUCUCUUCCAAGAGGCAACAGCUUUACGUGUCCUCAGCUGUAGGGGUGACCCACCUGGCCCUGCACCGGUGUGAUGUGUACGGGGAAGCCUGUGCUGACUGCUGCCUGGCCCGAGACCCCUACUGUGCCUGGGAUGGCAAGGCUUGCACCCGUUACUCCGCAUCUUCCAAGAGACGGAGCAGGCGGCAGGACAUCCGGCACGGCAACCCCAUCCGCCAGUGCCGAGGCUACAACUCCAACGGUGAGCAAGUACCAUGGGGCUGA